GAGAGAGAGAGAGAGAGAGAGAGAGAGAGAGAGAGAACGACAAGAAGAAAGUGAACAGUAGAUGAGGUCUAACUUUGAGUUGGAGAAGCGAGGGUCUGGAACACGAUGACGCUGAGGUGGAGUCAUGUCUUCCUUGUUCUAGCCAUUCCAUGGGUCUGUGAAGGUCAAGACCAAAGUCCAUCAACACAAAACAACAGGACAGAUGACGCUCCUGUGGAAUGGACACUCUUGUCCUCAUUUACGCCACCUUUACAGGAAACAGACAAAAAUGCCUCCAACGAACUACCGCUGCCUGCUCCAACGUUCCCAGAAUCAGUGAAUGGGACAGACUUGUCCAUGAUGUUGAAUAAUACCACAGUUGAUGCAGCAGAAGAAGACGACAAUGGCACCAGCACUCUGACAUCUGACGCAAGGGAACACGGUGGCAGAGUCGCCACCACAGUUUCCAUGGUGACGACAGAGCGCCCACCGUCAACACCAGUGAAUAUUGAGGACCAGGGAGAUUCAGUGUGGGCCUACAUCCUCCUGGUCUUCAUCAUAUUUGUGAUCUGCGUUCUGUGUUUCAUUCUCUUCCAUCUCAGGAGAGUUUCCAGGACCUACUCAUUUGACUGUCGUUUUGAUGCUCCUGUCAACAAUCAGUUCAUCCAACACACUGGAAGCUUUGAACCAGUCUACCUGGAUGAUAUGGAUCGACCUUCCCUGAAAGGUGAAGUCAGCACCAGCGACCAACCCCCUGGUCCAACAGCCAACGGUACCAGUUCACAGGCACAUGAGAAAGACUUGAUGGGAGAAAACACAACCAAAUCAAACCAAGGUGCCGGGAGUGAAAAGGAACAUCCUGACGAGAACAGACGAGACACGUCCUCAGACACCGGACCGGUCCCUGACAAAGGAAAGUUGUCCAGGGAAUCAUCAGGCUCAGAGAAGAGUGAAAAACAGUUCCUGGAUGGAACUGAGCAGCAGAACGAGAACAACAACAACCCAACUGGUUGCUGCCAUGACCUGUUUGUUGAGAUUAACCUGGAUGAGCCGGCGUGGUGUGAUCAGCUCCUUGUUUCUCCAGAACCUUCCUCCAACUCUGUUCUCCCUCUGUCACCUUUCUCCUUCCACUCCUCGUCCUCGUCUUCCUCAUCAUAGCAAGAAAAGGAGCAGAGAAGUUGGGACUAUAUUCUAUUGGCUAAUUAAAAACACAUUUAUUUAUGGUUGCACUUAUCCUAAAACUAUCAAUACAUGUCUAAAGGUUAGCCGACAAUGGCUUUAAUUUUGCUUAACUUUGACCUAUCUAAUUUGACAUUUAAAAAAUAUAUAUUAAAGGGACAUACAAUGUAUUAAUAUAAUAAAUAUAGAGAAAAUGUAAUCAAGAUGAUAGCAAACAAAAACCCUGGGAUUCCCUGAACCAAAACAAAAACUAUCUUCAGUUAGCGCUCAAAAACUAAACUGUUGAUUCAAAAUACAUUUUAAAAUAUCUCUAAACACAGGUAAAAGUCAAUUUAAGAUGCUAAAGUAAAGCUAGUCCAUAUAUGUACAAAGGCAACUGUUUACAUCCUAAAACAGGAAGUGAUGUAUGUCUUCAGUUCUGAUUGGCCAAAACUUUGCAGUGCGGCUUAUAUCGCCACCUGUGGGCCGGGGGUUGUGACUUCAAUGUUUUGAAGACGAACAUUCAAAAGCAGUACUUAAAUCAUCCAUAACUUUUUGGUAAAUGUAAAGGUAGACCUUGAAUAAAACAUCUCCAUUUUU